AUAACUAAAUAAAGAAAAUAGCAAAACAAAUGACAAAAUGUACAAAGUCAACCAAAAGGCCCUUUUUUUUUCUUUUCUUUUUAAUUCUCGAAUGUUUUCAAAGACUAAAGUUGAAAAUAUUGUUUGUCUUGGGUUCAACUUCAUCAACACAUGUCUUUAUAUCAUCACUAUGGCAGCAUCGAUGAUGAAGAUGGUUAUAGAACAUAAAGAUGUAUCUCAGAUAUUAACUUGUAUUUAUAUAUUUUUUCUAUCUGGUAUCAUACUUGGUCUAACAGAGAUUAAACCAUUUCGAAUCAUUUCAGAUCAUUGUAGACUUGUCUUGACACAUAAAGGAAAGGGUCUACUUCUCAUCCUUCUAGGAAGUGUAGUCAUAUCAAACAGUCAUACGUUUUUACUAGCAACAGGAAUACUAGAUCUCAUUAUUGGAUGUAUUUAUUUUAUUCUAUCAUUUAUAUCAUCAUGUCCAGUACCUAGACCAGUCACAGAGAGUUGGCAAAACUGGCAAGAAUAUUCAGCAGAAGGGUUGGAUCUGGAUCGACCAAGUGAGGUAUUCUUUUUAUAAAUAAUUAAUAGUUAUGUAAUAGUAAUGAUAAAAAAUGGGGUAGGGUAUGGUGGAUAAUGCGGCCAGAUUAAAGUUAUCGAUGAUUGAAAAGCCUCAUGUUACA